AAUGGCAGCAUGCAAAAGUUGUAACAAACACUUUUGUGGAAAGGAAAAGCAAAUGAAAUGUGUACUAUGCAAAUACAUAUUCCAUGUCAAAUGUAUUGAAGGAAAAUAUUGCACUCAAUGCAAAGAAAUAAACAAUAAAGAAGUUAUUAUACAACUGAAUAGAUGCAAAUUCAAAAAAACUCAGCAGAAUGAAUUGAAUGAAAGUAGUGCUAUGCAAAUGAUAAUGCCACCAUCACAAAUUGCACCUCAAGAGGAAGACAUUAAUGACAAAUUUACUUCUCCAAAACCAUCUGAUAUUAAUUUUUCCUUUCAUUUUGGAGUUUAUCAAGAGCACAGGAUAGCAGAUGAAAUGGUUAAUGAUGAAGAACAUAUUGCAGAUUUUUCUAGUGAAUAUGCAGUGUCAACAGAAAUUCCAGAAACAGUACCUGACUUUUGCAAUGAAGUGGAAAUUUCAACUGAAAAUGAUCAAGUAUUUGAAAAAAGCAUGUGUGAUGAAAUUGAGCCAUUCAAAAUUCUUGAAAAGGCAAGUGCUAAAGGGAAAAAUGUGUUGAUACAUAAUGGAUAUUGGUAUACAUUAAAGUGUAAUCGUGGUGAAACAACAUACUGGACUUGUGGUGUAAGAACAAAGAAGCAAAAGUGCAAAGCUGCAAUUACUGAAUUGAAUUACUCCUAUACAUUAUCUAAAGCUGAGCACUUUCACAGUCCUGUUAAAGACAUUGAAAAUAAACUUAUUUUGAAAAAGAAUGUCAGGGAGAAAGGCAAAGUUAAUGUUCAUCAAAAUGGGAGAAGCAUUGCAGAGGAAACUCUAAUUGAAUUCAACAAAAAUGAAUCUUUACCAUCAAUAAAAUCUUGCAUUGAAGUUGUUAACUAUCACAAAAGAAAAAAUAGACCAAAAGAGCCUACUGGUUUAAGAUUUAUUAUAAAGCAAAUGUUCUUACCAGAAAACUUCUUGAAAGUGGAUAUUUUUGAAAAGCAAACAAGAGUAGUAAUAUUUGCAACAGACCAUCAACUUAAUCUUUUACAAUCAACAAAUAUUUGGUUCCUUGAUGGAACAUUCAAACCUGCAAAUGAUCCAUUCAAGCAAUUAUACUCCAUUCAUGGAUUUCUAAAAAAAGAUUCAGAAUUGAAACAAGUCCCUCUCUUAUUUGCAUUCUGCUCAUCCAAGAAAAAAUCAGCUUAUAAAAUUAUAUUCAAGGCUGUUUUUAAACUGACUAAUGGAUUUCAACCAAAAACUGCCAUGCUAGAUUUUGAAGAGAGUGCAUGGAGAGCUAUGAGUGAAUUAGCACCUGAUGUUAACAUAAUUGGAUGUCUUUUUCACUGGUGUCAAGCAAUUUACAGAAAGAUUGGGGAGCUUGGACAUCAAUCACAAUAUAAAAAUCGCACAGGAGAAUGGUUUGCAAUGAGACUACUCCUCUCUCUACCAUUUCUACCAUCAGAUCACAUCAAACAUCAAUUUGAAAGUAUAAAAGAUUAUCUGCAAGAAUGUAAUGAGUUAUCUCAACUGAUUUCUUACAUUCAAAAUACAUGGAUUGAUAGUACAAUUUGGCCUCCAUCAGCUUGGUCAUGUUUCAAAAGAGCAAUUCGCACAAACAAUGAUCUGGAAGGCUUCCAUCAAAAAUUUAACUCAUCUUUUGGGAAUAGAACAUCAUUUUACACAAUUGUUCAAAAGUUGAAACAUGAAGCAGAUCUAAUCAAUGUGUUUGAAAAGCUUCUAUCUGAAAAGAAAAUCUGCAGAAAUCAGAGAAAAACUUAUAAGCAUCUACAAAAAAAAAUCUUUGAAGCUUGGGAAAGUUUUGAAAGAUCUGAAAUGAAUGUUUCUCAACUACUGCAACUUUGUUGUUCAAUUUAUCAUCCAUAA